AUGUCGAACAACGCAGUCAACCCAGUUCCUUUGGGACUACCAGCCCUCGCAGGAUCACCGCUCCUCCAGUACGACCGAGCAGAUCGCUGCUUCAUCACCUCCACAAAGAGGGCUCCCAUAUACCCUCGAGGAGGCACCUGGUGUCGUGCAACCGGUCCAAACCCGCAGAGACACCCACCCGCUCAUCCAGAAGACGUAUUCACCAUCCUACAGAUCGACGUCGAACCUACACAAACAGCAGAAAGCGUGCAGUCACCCAUCAACGAGCAACCACUCGAACUCCCUGAAGUUCAGUACGUCCCCAUCGAAAUCCCGGACAUCGAACUACCACCAGCCCCACCCGCACCAACCAACGCACCGGUUGAAGUCCCUAUGGCAACAUUCACUCAAGCAGACAUCGAUCAGCGCAUCGCUGUCGCCCUCGCAGCAUACCAAUCCCAACAGUCAACGGCUAACCGACCCCUCCGCCUCGACAUCCCCGCUCCCGAACCUUUCAGUGGAAAGGCAGAGGACCUCAGACGCUUCAUCCAAUGUGUCCUCUCCUACUUCGUCGCCACCAACAACACCCGACUCAGCGAUGAAGCAAAGAUUGCCUUCACUGUAGCGCUGAUGAGGAAGGAUCUGGGGAAGACAUGGGCGGACACAUAUUACGAGAAGUCGGCAGGGGGAGUCCAGGUCUAUUCCAUGUGGGCAAACUUUGUCGCUGCCCUAGAAGAGGAUAGGAAAAUGGCACUCUCCCUCGGUAACUACGUCACCCGUUUCGAGCAGCUAGCAUCAAAGGCUCAGCUCAAGGAUGCCGAGGUCAAUGGCACCAACCGCGUCGAGAACAACUACCACACUCUCCAUGCCAACUUCGUCAAAGGACUCCCGAAGGAGCUGUAUUUUGCUCUCGCAACAAGGGUUGCUAGGGAUCGACCCAACACCAUGAAGGCCUGGGACUAUGGCGAACCAAUGGAUAUCGAUGCCGCUGCUGUCGCAUCAACCUUCGCCUCCACAUCGGUAGGAAGGAGAUGGGAACUAGGAGCCGUUCUCAAUGAGGCUGAUCGGAAGCUCCACAGGGACGGGAACCUGUGCUUCUACUGCCACAUCAAGGCCCAUAGUGCCAAGGACUGCCACAAGAAAGUGGCUGCACAACAAGGGGGUGGGAGGCCGAACCAGGGAGGAUCUGGGAAGGACGACUUCCAUGCCAGAAUCAAGACACUCUCCGCUGACGAAAAGCGGGAGCUGUACGAAGAACUUACGAUGGAGGAUUUUUGA